GAUGGUACUGGUGGUAUCCUAACCUAUUUUAUUUGGUGAAAGAAAUACGUCGAACGUCGGAGUCAGACGUUCAGUGAGAUCUGCACAGGGCUCAUCAGGGAGAUUAUUUCAAGAAACUCCACCUAUUUUUCUUCUCAAGCUUUGAAAAGCAAUUAAGCACAAUGGGAGAACGGAAGGGAACAAAUUUGUACUAUCCACCGGACUAUGAUCCCCGUGCCGGUGGCCUCAACAAGUUCCUGGGCACUCACGCGCUGCGUGAGCGAGCCCGCAAGAUCCACAUGGGAAUCUUGAUCAUACGAUUCGAGAUGCCCUACAAUAUAUGGUGCAACGGAUGCGGGAAUCACAUUGGCAUGGGUGUUAGAUACAACGCGGAGAAGAAGAAGAUCGGAAUGUACUACAGCACCCCGCUCUAUCAAUUUCGCAUGAAGUGUCAUCUCUGUGACAAUCACUUUGAAAUAAAAACAGAUCCUGCUAAUCUGGAUUAUGUCAUAGUGAGCGGUGCGAGACGUCAAGAGAAUCGAUGGGAUCCUAAACAGAAUGAGCAAGUGGUACCUGAGACGAAGGAAGUAUCGCGCAGAUUGUACGACGAUGCAAUGUACAAGUUGGAGCAUGGGAUGGAAGAUAAGAAAGUAGCGAAGUCUCGAGAUACAGCGCUGGAAAGUGCAAUAGCCUUGAAUGAGAGUGUCUGGAAGGAUGAUUACAGCUCGAACUGUGCUGUGAGAGCUUUAUUUCGGGAAAAGAAAAAGGAGCUCAAGAAGAAGCAAGCCGGAGAUCAUGCAUUGCUAAAAAAGACUGGAUUAGAUAUUGACUUGGUAAACGAACAUGAGGAUGACAUCAAACUGGCAAAAUUACUCGCUCACAAAAAAGAUGCAAGGAAAAAAGGUGGCACGGAAUUGAAACGGUUAGUCUCGAUUGUACGGUAUAAAAAUAGAAAAAAAAUAUCUUCUUCGAAUGACCGAUUGAAACUACAAAGCCAGGAAUCGCCAAAGGUACAGGAGGUAACAGAUAACGCUACUACCUCCAAAGCCAGUAGCUCGAGCACAUCUCUGGUCAAUUACGACAGUUCCAGCACCGAUAGUGACACUUAGAACUUUAGGUACCUAUCUCGUGGAAGUGAUAUGUACGGUAUAUAAUAUAUUUGUAAAUAAAAUGUUACAGAAACAAAAAACUAAGUUUUGCCACAAGAUGCACUAAUAUCAGGAAUAAGAUGCGGCACAAUACGUAACGAAAUACAAAAAGUAUUUUAAUAAAAAAUAUAUUUCUCGAGAA